AUGACUGCAAUGGAUAACUCCAUCAGUGACUUAGAGAGCUGGCUACCUCUUGGAAAAGUCGGUUUGGUAGGGGUUUGUCCAAUAUUCAACAAGGAAAGACCUUUUAGUAUACUGCACCGUAAGCAGUUGAAUGACAAGCGAAUUGUUCUCAACGUGAGUGGAAGAAAGUUCGAAACAUGGGACCAUACUUUGAAGAAGUACCCAGCAACGUUGUUAGGGAGCAGAGAUCGUGAAUCAUUUUUUGACUCAGAAAGAAAUGAAUAUUUUUUCGAUACAGAUCCUAUUUUUUUCCGCCACAUUUUGAACUAUUAUCGACAUGGCAAACUUCACUUUUCUCUGGAAGAAUGCGGAGAACUUUACGAGGACGAACUGAAUUUUUUCCGCAUUCCUACCGACGCGAUGGGGCUUUGUUGCCUCGAGGAAUACGCCGACGCCAGCACGAGCGGAAGCCGAAGUUCAGAGUCCGAGAAUAAACCGCCAUGUGAGUGCGUACCUUUGCGAAAAACGUUUCGACAAAAAGUUUGGUACACGUUUGAAAAUCCACAAUCUUCCAGAACAGCGAAAUUAGUGUACUAUGCUAUAGGAAUAGCGAUUAUUUUAAGUAUAGUCACAACCAUCAGCGAGACAAUUCCCUAUGGAGGUAAAACAUUAGGGGAAGAAUAUAAAACGGCUUUUCAGUAUCUUGAUGGAACUUGCGUCGUAGUGUUAACCUUAGAGUAUUUAAUUCGCUUGUUCGCUGCACCAAACAGGUGCAAAUUCGUGAAAGAAUUUCAAAGCAUUGUGGACGUAGCAGCUGUCUUUCCGUUCUAUCUUGACUUGGGAUUGAAAAGCGCCGGUGAUUUCGACGCGUUGACGAUUCUUCGCGUCUUUCGCGUUUUCCGAGUGUUUAAGAUGUCGCGUCAUUCAUCACGACUCCAGGCUCUCGGUUCCUCCAUAAAGAACUCAUCUUCUGAGCUCGGAUUUAUCCUGUUUUCCUUUGGCCUUGGUGUGAUUAUAUUUGCUACUGCUGUGUUUUAUGCUGAGAAAGAUGUUGAGGGAACCACGUUCAAAAGUAUUCCCGCCAGUAUGUGGUAUGCCAUUGUUACAAUGACCACAACUGGGUGAGUAUUGACUAAUCCUGGUGAGCCAGAUUGAUUGAUCGAUCCGGUUUCGGUCAAAUCUGGUACCCAGAGUAAUCCCUUGUAGAAAUCCCCAGAGAGUUAGUUGAUAACCAAUCAAAUCUCGAGACUCGUAUAAAAAUGCGCGACUCUACGGGUAAGUCGUUCACGUGGUUUGUAAUCACAAUAUCUCAUUGGUUAUUACCUAACCCUCUUAGGAUUUACACAUCUGGGACUUGAGCUCAAAAUAACCUAAAACGACGUCCUUUUGAACUAAGGCAAAUACGGCGGAUAAACUUUCCUACCUCAUUGAUUAUCUCUUAUUCCGAACACUCCAAUCUGUAAAAUUACUGCAUUUAGGACCAAUUUUAACAUUAAGGUACUUUCACAAUUAUUGCGCCCAAGUCCCAUCUCCAUUCCUCACUUUCAAAUGUCCUACUACUAACACACUUUAAAAUUCGCCACUUUAGAAAUUUGAAGGGAACUGGAGCCGCAAUUGUUUGUGGGAUCGUUACUGGUAACGUACCGGUCAGCUAUUGGCCAGUUCUUUUCAUUGUCCCUAGUAGCAAUCCCAGAAGUCUUGGCCAAAUUUUUUUGGGGGGGUUUGCCCAGUUUCUUUCUUGUUUCUUAAGUUUCGAAUUGGUGUUUUGUUACAGUUACGGAGAUAUGUCACCUGAGACUGCAUUAGGUCAGUUGAUGGGGAGUGUGUGCUGCUUAGUGGGUACCCUGGUGAUUGCCCUCCCUGUGCCCAUACUGGAAAUGAAAAUGAAACUGGUGCAAAAGAAACCAGCUGACAAGAAAGAGGAAGAAGAAACUGAAGAAGAAAAAGCUGAACAGGAGGAACAAGUGUGA